CCGGGCAGGGGCGGGCGCUACCCGCGGAGCCCGUGCUGCUGGCGCCGCCGCAGGACCCCGCGCCGCCUCGACCCCGGCUCCGGGCGCAGAGGGGGCGCACAGCCCUCAGGGAGCCAGCCAAACGCGGCGGCCAGCCCUUGGUUCCCAGGGCGAAUCCGCCUCUCGGCUUUCAAAGAUGGCAUUUCCUGGGCCUGGCACGAAACUCCAGCGCCAAUAAAUCCUCCCCGUUCCGCGGCCGAUAUGGAAUGAUUUAUCAGGUUAUUCAACGAUAGUUAUGACCUCCCGGUUACGUGCGCUGGGUGGAAGAAUUAAUAACAUACGCACCUCAGAGUUACCCAAAGAGAAAACUCGAUCCGAAGUCAUCUGCAGCAUCCGUUUUUUAGAUGGCUUGGUACAGACCUUUAAAGUUACUAAACAAGACACUGGUCAGGUUCUUCUGGAUAUGGCGUACAACCACCUGGGUGUGACUGAGAAGGAAUAUUUUGGUUUACAGCAUGAUGAUGACUCUGUGGACUCUCCUAGAUGGCUGGAAUCAAGCAAACCCAUCAGAAAGCAGUUGAAAGGAGGUUUCCCCUGUACCCUGCAUUUUCGAGUAAGAUUUUUUAUACCUGAUCCCAACACACUGCAGCAAGAACAAACCAGGCACUUGUAUUUCCUACAGUUGAAGAUGGAUAUUUGUGAAGGAAGGUUAACCUGCCCUCUUAACUCAGCAGUGGUUCUAGCAUCCUAUGCCGUACAAUCUCAUUUUGGAGACUAUAAUCCUUCCAUACAUCAUCCAGGCUAUCUUUCUGAUAGUCACUUUAUACCUGGUCAGAAUGAUGACUUUUUAACAAAAGUCGAAUCUCUGCAUGAGCAGCACAGUGGGCUAAAGCAAUCAGAAGCAGAAUCCUGCUAUAUCAACAUAGCGCGGACCCUCGACUUCUAUGGAGUAGAACUGCAUGGUGGUAGGGAUCUGCACAAUUUGGACCUGAUGAUUGGAAUUGCUUCCGCGGGCAUUGCUGUGUACCGAAAAUACAUUUGCACAAGUUUCUAUCCUUGGGUGAACAUUCUCAAAAUUUCUUUCAAAAGGAAAAAGUUCUUUAUACAUCAGCGACAGAAACAGGCUGAAUCCAGGGAACAUAUCGUGGCCUUCAACAUGCUGAAUUAUCGAUCUUGCAAAAACUUGUGGAAAUCCUGUGUUGAGCACCAUACAUUCUUUCAGGCAAAGAAGCUACUACCUCAGGAAAAGAAUGUUCUGUCUCAGUACUGGACUAUGGGCUCUAGGAACACCAAAAAGUCGGUAAAUAACCAAUAUUGCAAAAAGGUGAUUGGCGGGAUGGUGUGGAACCCAGCCAUGCGGAGAUCCUUAUCAGUGGAGCACUUAGAAACCAAGAGUCUGCCUUCUCGUUCCCCUCCCAUUACUCCCAACUGGCGAAGUCCUCGGCUCCGGCACGAAAUCCGAAAGCCACGCCACUCUUCUGCAGAUAACCUUGCAAAUGAAAUGACCUACAUCACGGAAACAGAAGAUGUAUUUUACACAUACAAGGGCUCUCUGGCCCCACAAGACAGCGAUUCUGAAGUUUCUCAGAACCGAAGCCCGCACCAAGAGAGUUUAUCCGAGAACAAUCCAGCACAAAGCUACCUGACCCAGAAGUCAUCCAGUUCUGUGUCUCCAUCUUCAAAUGCUCCAGGCUCCUGCUCACCUGACGGCGUCGAUCAGCAGUUCUUAGAUGACUUCCACAGGGUGACCAAAGGGGGCUCCACUGAGGAUGCCAGCCAGUACUACUGUGACAAGAAUGAUAAUGGUGACGGCUACUUAGUCUUGAUCCGUAUCACACCAGAUGAAGAUGGGAAAUUUGGAUUUAAUCUGAAGGGAGGAGUGGAUCAAAAGAUGCCUCUUGUGGUAUCAAGGAUAAACCCAGAAUCACCUGCGGACACCUGCAUUCCUAAGCUGAACGAAGGGGAUCAAAUCGUGUUAAUCAAUGGCCGGGACAUCUCAGAACACACCCAUGACCAAGUGGUGAUGUUCAUCAAAGCCAGUCGGGAGUCCCACUCACGGGAACUGGCCCUGGUGAUCAGGAGGAGAGCUGUCCGCUCAUUUGCUGACUUCAAGUCUGAAGAUGAACUGAACCACCUUUUCCCUGAGCCCAUUUUCCCCAUGUGUCCGGAGGGUGGGGACACUUUGGAGGGGUCCAUGGCACAGCUAAAGAAGGGCCUCGAAACCGGGACGGUGCUGAUCCAGUUUGAGCAACUCUACAGAAAAAAGCCAGGUUUGGCCAUCACGUUUGCAAAGCUGCCUCAAAAUUUGGACAAAAACCGAUAUAAAGAUGUGCUGCCUUAUGACACCACCCGGGUAUUAUUGCAGGGAAAUGAAGAUUAUAUCAAUGCAAGUUAUGUGAACAUGGAAAUUCCUGCUGCUAAACUUGUGAACAGGUACAUCGCCGCUCAGGGGCCUCUGCCGCAUACCUGUGCACAGUUUUGGCAGGUCGUCUGGAAUCAGAAACUGUCACUCAUCGUUAUGUUGACAACUCUCACAGAGCGAGGGCGGACCAAAUGUCACCAGUACUGGCCGGAUCCCCCCGACGUCAUGGACCAUGGCAGCUUUCACAUCCAGUGUCAGUCAGAGGACUGCACCAUUGCCUAUGUGUCCCGAGAAAUGCUGGUCACAAACACCCAGACCGGCGAAGAGCACACAGUGACACAUCUCCAAUACGUCGCGUGGCCUGACCACGGUGUGCCCGAUGACUCCUCUGACUUUCUGGAAUUUGUAAACUAUGUGAGGUCCUUGAGAGUGGACAAUGAGCCCGUCUUGGUUCACUGCAGUGCUGGAAUAGGUCGAACCGGUGUGUUGGUCACUAUGGAAACAGCUAUGUGCCUAACUGAGAGGAACCUGCCCGUUUACCCCCUGGAUAUUGUCCGAAAAAUGCGAGACCAGCGCGCCAUGAUGGUGCAGACAUCAAGCCAAUACAAGUUUGUGUGUGAAGCGAUUCUUCGUGUGUAUGAAGAAGGCUUAGUCCAGAUGCUGGAUCCUAGUUAAGACAACUGUGAAAACGUCCGUUCCUCUUUCCCAAGGCCAUCCUCCUUGAGAGAGGAGGGCAGACCUCCUCUCUGGAAGCAGCAAGAGGAACCAGUAGCUGUGGGAAAGGAAUGGGCACCUCUGAACCCACGCACUUUAAAUUUCUGUAGAAAAGACAUUGUGUACAUAGGAACUGGUGUAGAUAAGCAUGCAUUUAUGGCAUCAUUUAGGCCUGUAUUUCUAUGGAAAGAUACAAAAGGGAUCUCAGUUUGGGGCCUGUCCUAAUGCCUUCUUCCCUAACAUCACCACACACACCCCUGUUGGCAUCCUGGAGCAAUUGAGACGGGACACCCACAGAGCUGUUGACCUCCCAGCAACAAGAUGGUAUAGUUAUCUCGGGUCGUUUGGAUGUUUUGUUUCUGUGUGUCAGACUAUAAGGGCUGAGCUUUCUGUAUUUCUAGGUGGAGCUGGAACAACUCAGGUUCACCUGCACUGAUGCUAAGGAAACCCUGACAAAUAUACUAAAUGGCAGGGUGCUGGGGGUCAGGCUGAAGGCUGAGCAGCACCUCUCUGCCCUCUCUCCCUUUGUCUCAUCUCCCGGCAACUUCUGAUACUCAUGUUUCUGAGAAUCGUAUCCCCCUUCAGGUUUCCUCUUGGUGCCUGACCUGGAUUUGUAAUGUGCAUUCAGGUGAGUUUUCAGCUGAGACUCUGAGAACUGGGACCCUCAGUAUGUUCUGGUCAUCUCGUGGCUUAGUUGUAGAAGCAGGUGUGUCUCUUGUCUCUGCUUGCCUCCUACUGCACACUCAGCACCCAGGACUGGAAUCACUGACUACUGAAUCUCCUACAUGUAUUGCUGCUACUUCAAGUUCCUACACUUGAAACUUUAUGAUUUUUCCAAGGGGAGAUGGGACAAUGUCAUCUAAAUAUUCUGAAUGUUUGGCCUUCGAGAAAAGAGCGUCUAGUAAUUGAACCAUGGGAAACUGAGCUUCUGGAGGGUUGGCCGUGGGGUGUGUACGUGUGUGUGCCCAGGGGUGAGUGUUUCUCAGGAUUUCUAACAAUUCAAAUUACCGUUGAGUAUACAUAAAGAAUGAGUCUCUGUAUAGAAGAACAACUGUGUGCAUUCACCCCCAGUUACAAUGGUCUCCAUUGCAUUUCAAAGGAGAGGAUCAGACUAUCUGAAUAUAAAUACAAUCUGAUGUUAAUUUAUUCUAAGACCAUCACUUUGAUCGUCCUAAAGAAUUCUGCCUUUGUGAAUACUGUGUUAAAUUUUUUUAAAUUUGUGACAGGAUUGUAGCAAAUUAUUAUUUAAGGAAAAUAAAUGGCAUAAACAUUUAA